AUGAACUAUAUUAGUUUGCAAGUGUUGAGAACUGCAACAUCCAAUUUUUCUGUAAACAAUAAACUGGGGGAGGGAGGAUACAGAGAGGUUUUUAAGGGUGAAUUGCAGGACGAAAAGGAAAUAGUCGUCGAAAGGCUGUCAGCAAACUCUGCUCAAGGGUUCAAUGAGCUGAAAAAUGAUCUAGUGUUAACCAACAAACUUAAGCACAAGAAUCUGGUGCAGCUUCUCUGUGUUUGCUUGCAAGAGAAACUGCUGGUGUACGAAUAUAUGCCUAAUGGAAGCCUAGACACGACCCUUAUCGCAGAUCCUGAGAAGGCAAACCAACUGGACUGGACGAAAAGAAAAGGCAUCAUCUCCGGGAUUGAUCGAGGUCUAUUGUAUCUCCAUGAGGACUCUCGGCUUAAAGUCAUACACCGUGACCUGAAGCCAAGCAACGUCUUACUCAACGUGGAUAUGAACCCCAAGAUCUCAGACUUUGGUCUGUCUAUGUUAGGGACCCUUUCCAUUGUGCGGCCCAACGACAGAUGA